AUGGCAGUGUCAGCAACACUGGCCACUGUGCAGGCAGAGCUCCUCUGUCCCAUCUGCCUGUCCCCUUUCAAUGACCCCGUCACCAUCGCCUGCGGGCACAACUUCUGUGCCUCCUGCAUUCGUAUGUCAUGGAGCAAUCUACAGUACAUGUUCCAUUGCCCUGCCUGUGAAUAUCCACACAUGGAGGGGCUCUUCACUGACAACCCCCAGCUGGGCAGGCUGGUGGACCUGUCCCAGUACCUCCACAGCUUCAGGAGCAGCAAGAUGGUGCAAGGAGAGGAUCACAUGUGUAAGGAGCACAACCAGGUCCUUAGCCUCUUCUGUGAGGAUGACCAGAAGCUGGUGUGUCCCCAGUGCAUCCAGCUUCCUCCCCACCAGGGCCACAAUGUGAAACCUGUGGGGGAGGCCGCCUUUCAUCAGAGGCAGAGGCUCAGUAGUUACAAGGAGUCCCUGAAGAAAAGGUUGGCACAAGUGCAAAAACUAGCAGUCACCCAACAGAGAAAAAUACUGGAAAUGAAAGAAUACAUGGCAAAGCAGAGAGGUCAAUUAGUCUUUGAAUUUGAGCAACUGUACCAGAUUGUGGAAAAAAAGCAAGAAGCAACGUUCUCCAGGUUGAAUCUAGAACACAGAGACCUUCAAAAUAAACUCAGAGCCAACUUCACUGCAAUUUCUGAUUACUUCAAUACCCUGAAAGCUCUGUUCAUAGAGGCAACAGAGAGGAUUGUGAUGUCUGAGGGGAGUAUGCUGAGAGAGGUUGAGAAUAUCCGGAACAGGUGUGAGAACCUAAAAUUUCCAUCUGUGUGGACUGUUGAGUUCAAGAAAGAAGGCUGGAGUCUUCCUCCCCUGUACUCAGAGCUUGAGAAAAUCAUCCAGAGAUUCCAGGAAGAAGUGACUCUGGAUCCCCUAACGGCACAUCCCAGUCUCUGUCUAUCGGAGGACAGAAAAUCUGUGAUCUAUAUGAAGAAAAAAUCAAAAGUUGAUGGGAAAUCAAAGCAAUAUCCCAAUGAUCUAGUGGUUCUGGGCUCUGAAGGAUACCGUUCUGGUCGACAUUACUGGGAAGUGCAGGUGGGCAACAAGCCUGAGUGGGCCGUGGGGGUGUGCACAGAUGCCCCUUCCAGCAAGGGGCAGCUGUCCCUGUCAGGUAAAAACAAACACUGGAUGAUACAGCUGCAGAAUGGUGACUACCUGGCCAGAGGUUCUGUAACAGUCCAUGCUUUGAAGGGCAGGCCAACAGAGAUUGGAAUUUUCCUGGACUAUGAGCUGGGACAGAUUUCUUUUUAUAAUGCCCGUGACAGGUCUCACAUCUAUUCCUUCCUGGAGACAUUUUCUGAUGUACUAAAGCCUUACUUCCUUGUGGGCCAGGAUUCUACCCCUCUUAUAGUGUCUACAGUAAGAGAUUUAUCUACAGAAUGA